AUGGCCAAAGCUAAAGACGCCAAGAACGAGCCCGGGACCGGCCCCGUGCCGGAGCCCCUCAGGAUCCCGCUCGGGGAUGCUGGGGUUGCCGAGCCGUACAGCAUCUUCACCCGGAAGGAGAAAUGGUUCAUUGUCGGAAUGGUUGCCGUUGCUGGGUUCUACAGCCCUCUACCUGCGAACAUCUACCUUCCUGCGAUACCUAAGCUGUCAAAAGCAUUCGGCAAAUCUGUUGAGCUGCUUAACUUGACUGUUACCGCGUUCCUUGCAAUGCAGGGCAUAUCCCCGAUGCUAUGGGGUCCGCUAUCUGAUCGCUAUGGACGCCGCCCAGUGUUUUUGGUCUGCCUUACAGUCCUCAUCGGAGCUUGUGUUGGGAUUGCUGUCUGCCCCACAGACGCGUUCUGGCUCUUGAUCGUCCUCCGCUGCCUACAAGCGGCGGGUUGUGCUAGUACUAUUGCAUUGGGCGCGGGUGUGAUCGGUGACAUAUCGACACCGGAAGAGAGAGGAGGCUUCUUUGGCAUGUUCAACCUUGGGCCCAUGAUUUCGCCCUGCAUCGCUCCCGCGAUCGGUGGUGCCCUGUCUGACAAGCUUGGAUGGCGAUCAAUCUUUUGGUUUUUGAUUGUAAUGGCGGUUUGCUGCCUUCUCUUUAUCUUACUGUUCCUACCGGAGACUCUUCGUAACCUCGUCGGCAACGGUAGUGUUACCCUCGGGGGCGUCUACACGCCACUGGUCCCUGUAGUCGGUCGCUCCCGCAAGAAGCAAAAGACAACGCCAUCGAAGCCCGGGGUCCGCCCCUCCAUCAACCCCUUCGUCAUCCUCGUCUACCCCGAUGUUGCGAUCACAUUGGCCUUCACUGGCGUUGUCUACGCUGUUAAUAACACCGUAGUCACUACUGUUGCCUCGUCUUUUGCUAGGGUCUACCCAUGGCUAUCUGAGACAGCCCUUGGGCUGUGCUACCUUCCCACUGGCUUCGGAAUGAUUGUUGGGAGCACCUUGACAGGCAAAUUUCUCGACUGGGACUACGCCCGGAUCAAGAAGAGCGUGGAGGAGUCUGAUGGGGCACUCGAGUUCCCGAAGGAGUACGCCCGAUUGAGGACUAUGCCCGUACUGCUUGUGCUCUUCUCGGGGGCGGUGAUUGCCUGGGGCUUCUGCGUUGACAAAGGCGUACACAUCGCCGUGCCACUCGCGUUGCAGGUCGUUUUGGGAUACACCUCAAUCUCGAUCCUUAACACCACGAUGACGCUGAUGAUUGACAUCUUGCAGACCAGGAGCUCAGCAGCAACCGCUUGUACCAACCUUGUGCGAUGCCUGCUCGCCGCUUUGCUUGUGGGUCUUAUUGAUAGAAUGACUGCUGCCCUCCGCGUGAGCUGGAGCUACGUCCUUCUAGGCGGUGUAUGCGCCUUAAUGCUACCUCUCAUGUAUAUCGAGAUGAAGUUCGGCCCAAAGUGGAGGCUGACCCGGGAUUUGAAGUCGAUUGAGGACUAG